GGGUAGAAGUGUUGCUGUAUUAGUCAAGAGAGAAGAGUUAAAGAACACAGAGAAAACUCUUCACUAUAGCCCAUGAUGGGUUAUAGGAAAGUGUGCCUGUUACUGCUGCUGAGCAGCUACGCAUUGGCUCAGGAUGGCAGUGACAUCAAUGAACAAACUUCAACAUGUCUAUUGGCAUCCAGAUUCAAGGCCUCCAAGAAAUAUGUGUACCAGUACACCACAGAGAGCAGAAACGGUGUGGUGGGCACUGCCAACCUAGGGAACGGCCCCAAAGUCUCUUGUCAGGUAGAGAUCGAAGUCCCCCAAGCAUGCAGAUUCAUCAUGCACACCAGGGACUGUGUGCUCAGUGAGGUGACUGUCAUGGAUCCCCAGGGUCAGCUGGUCUACAGGCAGGCCCCUGGAUCUGAGGCCUUCCAGGCUGCCAUGGAAAGGUUGGGUUUGUAUCAGGAUCAAAGAGCCUUGGAGAAGAUUUAA